GCAAGAUUCAAGUCCUCUUGUUUCUCUCAGUCCUGACGAACGAUUGUGAUAAUCAAUAUGGGGCAGAAACGGAAACGCGCUGCUAAGGAUGGACCAUCCGCAGAGCAAAAUCCAAAUAAACAGCAAAAGACCGAAGAAAAAGUCGAGAAGCGGGCAGUGAAACCCGCUGUUGUACCUGUCCCUCUCGACACCUCCCCAUUCCUCGACAACCCGAAAGGCGCAGAUUUGAAAAGGGAGGUCCAGCUCUACGACUUACUGAGUAGUGAGGAUAUAGAGGAUCGACUCAACGCUGCCAAUGCAGUGUUGUCAGGGCUUCUAGGAGGAAACGGCGUGGAAGAGUCGACCCUGCAACGACAUCUCGAGAGACGAUUGUUCCGAGGACUCGCAAGUGGCAGAAAAUGUGCCAGGCUUGGAUUCAGUGUUGUUUUGGCAGAGAUUAUCGGACAGUUAUUUGGGACGAAGAAUCUGGCGGAGACAAAAUACCCGGGCUUGACUUUCGACAAAGUACUUGGCUUCCUAAUUGCGAAAACGAAGCCUGACGGCGACUUGAGCGGACAAGAAGAAAAGGAUCAUUUCCUCGGGUUACUGUUCGGACUGGAGAGCUUCGUCGGAGCUAAAAUCUUAUUUGGGGAGGAUAACAAAUGGAAUACCAUCCUCCAGAAGUUCCUUGAAUUGGCCAAGAAGAAACCAUGGACUCGGGAGCAGUGCGGCUGGGUAAUUGCUGAAGCGCUGUCGCAAAUGGACCAAAUUCAAGCCGAGUACACCUUGGAACAAAUACACAAUGCGGGAUUGGCUUUGUCUCCCGAGGGUGUCGGUAUUUGGAUCACAGCAAGGGGUCGCUUCCCAGAUAUGAAAUUUCCCAGCAAGCCUUGGGGCUCAAGCGGAAACCCAUUGGAGCAUCUGAAAACACUUGGGAAGGCGCUUAAGGAAAGUUCUAGCGACGAAGGAUCGGACAAGUCACAACAAGCCAAACAAACUGGAAACUGGAAUGCGAAGCUCCACUUUGUUUGGGAUCUGGUCCUGGCCCAGUAUAUCGCAGGAGUGAAGGCAAAGGUGCAUGGCAUUAAGUCGGACUUUGAGAAUUUCUGGAAAGUUGCAGUUGAUGAGAACCUCUUUUCCUCGACUGCUUCUCGGGAGCGUAAGUUCUGGGGCUUCCUGCUAUUCCAGAAAGUGGUCGAAAAUGCUACUUCAUAUGGCAAAGUUCUACCCAGUGUCUUCAGUCAUAAUUUAGUUCGGUGCCUCAUUAACCAUGUCCAAGAGAAGGAUCGUUUUCUACAUCGAGCAGCAGACAAAUCCUUGAAGGUUCUGAUCAGUGCCGUGGAAGCCAAUCCAAAGUUGCUCGUGACAAUCUUGCCAUGUUUGAUCGGAGGUCAUGGAACAUAUAACUUUGAUAGAGUUACGAAGACCAAAACGGUCGAAAGAUUAUUGAGCUUCGUGGAGGAUAGCAGCGCUACCGCUGUGAUCAAUACACUUGUCGACCCUGCUCUGUCAAUCAGCGGUGACGAUGUCAAGGAAGCUGAGAUGCGGAGGCAGAUGCUUGGUGAUUACAUACUGAAUAUCAUUCGAAAAGUCAAUAUUACUGAUGAGUCGAGGGAUCUUGACUGGAUCAAAGAAACCGCUCUACCGACACUCGCCAGAUUCGCCUAUGUUGAGGAAGCCAAGUGCAAGCCAGCCUUGUCCACCAAGACUCGUACAAUCUUCCGAACACGUCUCAUGUCAUCUUUUGGUCAUUUAUUGUCUGACUUACAAGGAUACACUUUUCCAUGCGAUCUGCUGCGCUCCUUUACCCCUGAUGCGGUAGAAAUGGAUCAGGGAAUUACCGACGCUAAGGACAGUGCCAUCUCGACCGUGGAAAAGAUUCUCAAGAGAGCUAAGAAGGCGAACGCCGAGAACAAAGCACCUCUUCAGGCACUAGCACUACUGUACUCAUUGGUUGUCUUCCAACUGUAUAGUGGCGAGCCUGAAGCUGUCUCCAUUCUAGACGAGCUGAAGCUGUGCUACGAUAAGCUGAUUCGCCACAAGGAAACUGAAGAUUCUGAAGUCGAUGCUUCUGAAGUUUUGGUGGAGCUCUUACUUUCAUUCAUCUCCAAGCCAUCUGCACUUCUCCGGAAAGUUACUCAGCAUGUAUUUGGUGCGUUUAUGAGCGAUAUGACCGCAGGUGGUCUGCAGUUGAUGACAGAUGUUCUGGAAUCUGGUGAAAGUUUGAGAGGCCAACAAGAGCUUUUUGACCAAGAACCUGAAGAUGGGGAAGACAUGGACGUAGACGAGGACGAUGAAGAAGAUUCAGACGUAGAAGUCGUCGACAUGGACGGUGAUGAGGGACAUUUGAAUGGACAUCUGCAUGAGGAGGAAGAUGAAGAAUCAGAUGACGAGGAAGACGAAGCAUCAGGAGAAGAGGAAGACGAGGACGCAGAAAAGCUUAAUCUAGCUCUCGCCCAAGCCCUCGGCACCCACCUCCCAGGCCAAGACGGCGACGAUGAAGACAGUGACGCCGACAUGACCGACUCGGAAAUGAUGCAGCUGGACGCCAAACUUGUCGAGAUCUUUUCAGCGCGCAAGAAAGCUCCCAACAAGAAGCAAGAACGGAAAGAUGCCAAGGAGACCAUGGUCAAUUUCAAAGGGCGUGUUCUCGACUUGCUGGAGAUCUUCGCUAAGAAACAAGCUUCGAAUCCUCUUGCAUUCGGCCUACUCCUACCCCUCCUGCAGUUGAUCCGCACGACAAAAGCUAAGCAACUUGCCGAGAAAGCGCACAACAUCAUCCUAGCCUUCGCCAAGGCCUCCAAGGCCGCGAAGAAAGACGGUGUUGCUGAGAUUAAUGCUUCUGAGCAGAUCAAGUUGCUUAAAGCCGUCCAUCUCGAGGCCUCGAAGGACCCUUCACAUCUCUUCGCCAGAGCUGCCAGCAGUGCUAGUUUGCUAGUUGCGUCGAGUCUGUAUAGAGUAGACAAGGGGAGCGUGAAGAAGAUCGCGACGGUGUAUAGGGAUUCGCAGGUUGCGUGGGUUGAGGGCGAAGUUAAGAUGCAGGCUGCAUUCUUCGUGGAUUGGGUUAAUUGGUGUCAGAGUCACGCCAAUGCUUAAGCUGGUAUUUGUGGGAGAUAGCUGGAAUUCAAUGAAAGACAUUUCUUUGAAUUUCAAUCUUGACGUUAGGCCUGGAGAACAUGCGCUUUCCCACCGUGUACUUCCAGUCCCCAGCCACGGAGAGCUUUUUUUAGCGACGAGAUUUCACUGUAAGCUUUAUUUACCCUGUUUCGCUGAAAAUGGCACACCUAGGAUGUAUAAAACAUUAAAACUGACAAGGUUGACUUCAAGUUGUAUCGCCUCUGUAACCUAGAUAAAAGAUCAAUCAAGUCUGACUAUAAUCAACUCAAUAUCAAAUUUCCAUCUUUUCCACUACACCGAAGUUCCAGUGUACGAUUGCCUAACACUAUGGAGUUCAAUCCACCUCCUGCUGUGACCACAAUUCUCCUCCAGCAAAGACCCAAUCCAAUGAAUCCUAGAACAAAAAAAAAAAAAAAAAAAAAAAAAAAAUCCCAAAACAAUAAAAAGAAAUGAUCAGGCUGGGGCUCGAUCCCAGGACCUUCUCGGAAUAUGUCACAGUAAACUGUUAACGAGAUGUGCUGUAUUGCUAUUAGUUGAUGCUCAAUGAUGUUUGGUCUGAAUGGGGAAGAACGUACAUAACCAACUACACCACCCGACCAUGUAUCCUUGAUUGGAUGAGAGAAAACGGCUUAUUUCGGUACUUGGAGAGAGAAAGACUCUAGGAGAUUUUUGGUGAUAGAGAAAGGCCGAGAUGUCGCCUUGAGAUAUUGGAUUAUUGGAGGCGGGGUUGUGGGUGCGGGGCAUCAUGAAGAUUUUUCGUAGGCGAGUGGGUCAGGUGGAAAAUUCUGUUGAUUGGAAGGAAGGAAGACAUAUAAGCAAUUGAACUGAUUAUUUAGCUAGUACCGAUCUUGCGCAGGUCAGUGUCCUGUCAAGAAAUCGUUCUCAUAGUUCCAGAUCCAAGUACGUUUGUCCCGUUCAUAAGCGCUCACGAGCAAUUGCUUCAACAUAGAGACACCCUCCAGUACACACGAACAGUAAACAGUUCAGUCACAGUCCAAAACCUUUCCUCCUGUACGGUCCCAUGCGUAUGAACUCUAAUGUCUAGAGGAAUAAGUUGCAAUGCGGCGAUGAUCCCUCGCCUAAGAUAGGGUCUUCGCUUAAAACGUUCGAAUAAACAAAUGAAGAAAAAGCUGAUCUUCUAGAAAAUACAAAAAAAACAAUCACUUCCUAUCUAUUCCGAGUUCCACAAGACAUUGAAAUAUGUCUGUCCCUCCAGCUUGGUUUCAGCUCUUGUACCUGCUUUAAUAUGCUGUGUUACACAACGGGAUACAAGAGGGAACAUACCGGUUCUCACGUGGGUUCUUUUCAUUAUCUCCGUGGCAUUUGCACCUGGCGGCAAAACGAAUUUGAAUCGCAGCCAAUCGAGUCUUUGAACUCUUGAAUCUGGCAGCAGGAAGAAAAAACUCGAAAAAAAAUGUAGAUGUGUAUCCGAGCUAACUCGGGGACAUGAACUCUAGAGAAACUCUCUGACGGGGAGUCGAACCCCGAUCUCCCGCGACUUGUCGACUUGACAAGCGGAAAUCAUGACCGUUAGACCAUCAAAGAUGAGUAGCUUUGUAAGCUGCUUGAUGCGAGACUCUGCUUAUGUGGAUAAUUGUAGUCACUAGUGCUUUGAUUGAUCAGACUGAGAACCGCAUUAUGUCAACAAAAGUAGCACUGUAGUGAUGUGUCCACAACCGCGCGAAAACUACAGCAACAGCGUUGCUCAACAAUCUGACUCUAGCGGACUGAUUCGUACCAGCGAAAUUGGAUCCAGAGGUAUUAUCUUGCCUGGCAUCCAGUUCCUUACCCAUGUCAAUCCAAAUAUCUCUUCGUAAAAUCCAAUGAGAAAAGCAAAACACAACGGACGUGUCACAACUAAGGAUAAACCAACCUUAACUCAUAAGAAAAGCGAGGACCGUGUUUGCCUCUUCAAGAAAUUCGUGAUUAAGCCAUUGCUGAACUUUUCGUGGACCAUGCCCGUGAGAAACGACUGCGCAAUUAUUUGACAGAACAUGAGCAACGAGUGACAAAGAAGGCUGUUUCCAUGCCAUGCACCAUUCAAAAUGGUCUACGACUUCGUUGGGCCAAAACAAGGAAUAUCACACAAGACCAAAGAACAUUGUAGGAGUCGGAUAGAAGAUUACCAUGGAGAUUUUCAUUGCCACUUCGAAUGGGAAACAGAGCCAUCAAGGUGAAUUGAGGGGUUCGAGAAAUUAACAUCAACUUGGGUUUGUGGCGCUUUCACAUGUGCCAGG